CCAAUAUUUUUAAAAAGAAGAAAACAACCGCUCGAGGAAGGCACUUGACCAGGUUCGGUAUAUUUAUGUUUGUUUGUGACCAUAAAUUAAGCGCAUUGAAGUAUCUGCAGAGGGCAGGUGAUACAUGCUCAUACUUCAACCCCAGUCAGACUAAGGUAGUGUUUCUGAGGGACAUUUUACAGUGUUACGCUCCUGUCGGGGAAUUUUGUUUUGACACGUGAGGAGAAAAUGGCUUUUGCUAACUUAUUCUCUGGACUGUCUGCUAUGAGAGAAGAUGCGGGGAGCCCAGGUAAAUCUGACGUCACAUCCAGCAACAGAACGGAGAAUGGCUCAAGACGGAGGAAAAGGAAAACACAGUGGGAGAUUCCCGGCUCGUACAAGAAGAGAUGUCACCAGUUCCAGUCCAAAGACAACUUUGCCUCCUGGAGCAAACCCUGCCAGAAGCAGGUCACAGAGAGUGAGCGCUCUUCUCCAGCCCAGAAACAUAACCAGAGCUUUAACUCCACUUACAACCGCAGCCAGAACAGCAACGGUCAGAAUUAUCAAACUAAAUGCAAGAAAAAGAAAAUAAAUCACUGGAGAAAGAAGGGGAAGAAUCAACAUCAUAAUGAUAGAGGCCCAAGACCAAUAAAGGAGGAGAAACCAAAAUUCAUGACCCAGGAGUUUAAGGACCAGAACACCCUGUUGGUGGACGGCCGUCUUGUGUGUCGACAUUUUCUCUUCGGACGAUGCAUUAAGGAGGAUCAAUGCCAGCUGGAGCAUUUUCAAGGUUACAACGACAUCAUAAAAGAAGCCUGCAAAUAUUACAUCAAAGGAUUCUGCAUCAACGGGCAGAGCUGCCCUUACAUGCAUAAGUCGUUUCCGUGCAAGUUUUUCCACAGGAAAGGAAACUGCCUGCAAGAAGGAAACUGCAGGUUCUCCCAUGAGCCGCUCAACGACGUCACUGAAAAACUGUUGGAGCAGGCCUUGGAACAAGAAAAAGCUUUCUACCAACUUGCAAAGGCAAAUAAAGAGGAGUCGUCAGAACAGCAGGCGGACGCACAGGAGACCAAACCUGCUGGAGAAAACAAGAACCCAGACUUUAUCUCUCAACCUCUCAGGCCAAGCUUUUACAACAGCACGGAUGCCGAGAAGGAACCCCUUGAGCAACCUGAUGUAACAGAACAGCGUGCGUCAGACGCUGACCAACCUCCCAGCUGUUCAUCAAACACUCAGAAUCAACAGGAGCCAGUUUGCUACUCGGUGGAAGCCGUACUUGGACCUCAGCUGUCCAGAACUUUCUUCAGUUUCUCUAAAACUCCUGCAAGUCAGGAUUCUUCAUCUGCCCCUCACCCUCCAACGUCUUCUGACAGACCUUGUCCAAACCAACCCGAAGCCCUCUACUCAGUUGAAGCUGCCUUCAACUCCUAUAAAUCUGCAGAUAAAUCCUCUAACAGCCAAACACCUGAUCGUCCUAGAGAGCAGACUGUAUGUUGUGUACCUCAUGUCAUUUCAGAAAAAAUCCAAGCUCCUCCUUUUAGAAAAGAGGAGGCAUGUUCAUCUCUCAGAAUUAUAGAGGAUAGAUGCCAACAAACAUUGCCAAAGAGCUUGUUGUGUCUCGAAGUGGAAAACCGCCUGAUUUCAGACUCCCUACCAGUUCUCUCUCAUACAUCUGGGGAAGAGAUGGAGGGGCAGAAAGCUUGCAUCAAACCAAAGUUGUUGCAUCGUCCGGAGUUGUCCGCGUUUUCCAGAAGCAGAGAAAUCAAGGAUUCACUGGCAGGAACUAAACCCAGUGAAGCCUCUACAGGACAGGAAUGUCCUCUGAAGCAUCCGAAGCCAAAUCUCUCCAAAGGAAGAGGUGCUGUUCCAGAUGAACCUGUAAUUACAUGUCAUAAAAGAAGAGAAACAGCUGAUGUGGGAGUUCAUCACUUUGAACUCUCUAAGAUUCUCCCAAACUUCAAAAAGAAGCAUUCAGAUGCCCGACCUGCCACACUGGACCAUCAUUCUUGUAAAAACGUCAUAAAAUCCAUCAGCGACACAACAAAUCAGGGAGAUUUUUCAUCUGAAAUGAAUAAAACCGGGAAUAGAACGUUCAGUAGCCUUUUUGCAAGCCCGCUGACUGACGGUGUUACACCAGGAUCAAACUCUUUGACUGCAGUUAUGAGACCUCAGCAGUCUGUGGAUGUCCAGGUUCCCUCCUUGCCCUUCCUCAGCCUUUUUGCUUCCCCUCUUAGGGAGAAUUCACCUUUUUUUCCAAGCUCAAAGUCCCAAACUGCGGAGUCUGCUGCUCCUCCUUGCAGGAAGAAGUUGGGUGAGAGUGCGGCAUCAAAAUCCAAACGGAUAGACUCUGAUCGAAGGUGCUUCCCAUCCCAGGUUAGAAUGCAUCACAGGCGAGCAUCUUCUGAAUCCUCCCAGAGCUCCACAACUGAAAAUGAUGCUGUGAAACGGCCGUCAGCUACAGUUUGCAGCAUUUUAUCCGGCUCUCCUGGUGAGCCGUUUUCAAGUCGGACUAAUCGGAACCGGCCUGACGUUUCAUCUCCAAAAGACACUUCAGCACCUUCAGUCCUGAAAUCCCUCUUUGUGCAGCUGAGGCCGUACCCAGAGGACAGAGAACAAAAGGGCUCCAGUCACAGCAGAGACCAGUCAGUCUAUUGAGACGCCUGGCAGACCAGCAGCCCCCCCUCUCAGCCGUUCGCCGUCUUUCACCAGUCCAGGUGUAAGUAAGGCUCAGGUGAACAAAUCUCGCUCACACUGCUCACCUUUCAACCCACUGGCUCCACAGCGAACAGAGAGGGAGGCCAGAAUCAGAAGAAAGAGAGCCGGUCAAUGAAAAACCUGCAGCAAAACCAAUGAAACACCUUUAAAAAAAAAAAAAAAAAAAAAAGAUCCUCCAGACCUGUGAUGGAUGUUUGGAGUUCAGUUUGGUCUAGCUUGUAUGCAUUGACUGGUUUUAAAUAUUUCAUGAUUAUAGGUAAAAUGAAAAAUCAAAAUAUGUAAUUUAAUUAAAGUGAAGCUUUUUUUUUUU